AUGGAUGUCACCGGAGGCAUGAGACCCAUCUUCGGUGGAUAUCCUUUCCAAGGCCAGGGUCGGAUGAAUCAGCUUGGCGGCGUCUUCAUUAACGGGCGGCCAUUGCCUAAUCACAUCAGACUGAAAAUCGUGGAAAUGGCCGCUGCGGGGGUCAGACCUUGCGUGAUUUCCCGACAACUUCGAGUCUCUCAUGGAUGUGUCUCGAAGAUUCUGAAUCGAUAUCAAGAAACGGGAUCAAUAAGGCCUGGUGUGAUUGGGGGGAGCAAACCGAGGGUCGCCACGCCGGAAGUCGAGGCCAGGAUCGAGGAGCUGAAGAGGGACAACCCCGGCAUCUUCUCCUGGGAAAUCCGCGACAAGCUCAUGAAGGAAGGAUUCUCGGACCCGCCGAGCGUCAGCUCGAUCAGCCGACUCCUGCGGGGAGGACGUCCCAGCGACGACGGGAAGAAGGACUACACGAUCAACGGCAUCCUGGGUGGCGGACGCUGUGGGGAGGAUUCCGACACCGAGAGCGAGCCAGGCAUCGCCCUGAAGAGGAAGCAGCGACGCAGCAGGACGACUUUCUCUGGAGAACAAUUGGAGCAGCUGGAGGCAUCUUUCCAGAGGGCCCAAUAUCCCGACGUCUACGCCAGAGAGGAAUUGGCACAGAGGAUUGGCCUAACCGAAGCCAGGGUCCAGGUGUGGUUCAGCAAUCGUCGAGCCCGAUUGCGGAAGCACGCUGGGAGUAUCGGCCACCCCGUUGGCAGCCUGCCACUGUCACCCUGCCAAUACACCGGGGGUCAUGACUUGACCCAGCUCGGUCAGGUGACUCAGAUCCCUGGAGGGAUCCCCCAGGUGCCAACCACCUUACAGGGGCCUACUGCACUGCACCAGAUCCCGACCAGCAUCCACCAGGUCGCCGGGUCCGUGGCCCAGAUGGCCACGACCAUGGCCCAGGUGCCGACAACGGUGAGCAGCACUCUCCAGGGUCAUCCUGUCACGAUUUCUGGACACCUGACGUCCCUACCAGGACACUCCAACGGGAUGCAACUAGGACAGACCAUCCAGCCUCCGGCAGCCCAUGGGACCACGCCGAGCCUGGUCCAGAAUUCUGCGAGCCCAGACUGGUCCAGGGCCCAGAUAGGCUGGAGCCAGUUCAACCAUUUCCCAGGGGGCGAGUACCCCCCGACCCAUGGUCCCCAUCACCACCCGAGUCACCCAGCCCAUGGUCAGCCCUCUUCCACAGGAACUGGACCAUCCUCGGAUUGGUACGACCAGGGCUACGAAUAUGCCCAACAUGCCCAACACGCCCAACUGAACUACCACCGGAGUGUCGGGGGCAUCUUCUAG